CGUUAACUUUGAAUUUCUCUUUUUCUUCUUACGAUUUUCUUAAAUAUAUGUGAAUAGAAUAGAGAAAAUGUAAAACACGGCAUGUGUAGGCUAUAACUGUUUAUAUAAAAUAAUAAUAAUGAUGUGUAAAGCAACAAACGUGAGGUCUCUCCUUCCUCUUUAGUUGGAAAGAAUUUUAAUGGUGAGAAUUUGUAUUCAAACCCCAAUUUUGCUAUCGUUUCUUCUUGUUCUGCUUUUCUUCAUCUCCAACUGUUUUGCUUCGAGUCAAAACAACGAUGAUGAUAAACGGAUUCGGGUCCGGGUCGGGUUGGUUUUGGAUUUGGGUUCCGUGGAAGGGAAGAUAGUGCGGAGUUCUGUUUCCAUGGCUCUUUCUGAUUUCUACGACAAUCACAAUGACUACAAAACAAGACUCUCUCUUUUAGUCAGAGAUUCUCAUGGAGAGCCUCUUCUUGCUCUUGAUUCAGUUGUAGAUUUGCUGCAAACAGAAGGAGUGCAAGCAAUAAUUGGCGGGAACUCGUUGCUAGAAGCGAAGCUUUUGGCGGAACUUGGAGAGAAAGCUAGGGUUCCUGUGAUUUCACUUAACUCUCCCAUGUCAUUGUCAUUGAGCAAAUACACUCACUUGAUCCAAGCCACACAUAACUCUGCCUCUGAGGUUAAAGGAAUUACAGCUUUCCUCCAUGGGUUUGAUUGGAACAGUGUUGCUCUUGUUUUAGAAGAUCACGAUGACUGGAGAGAGAGUAUGCAUUUUAUGGUGGACCAUUUCCAUGAGAACAACGUUCAUGUACAGUCCAAGGUUGCUUUUAGUGUCACUUCGAGUGAGGAUUCUUUGAUGGAUCGAUUACGGGAGCUUAAGGACUUGGGAACAACUGUCUUUGUUGUUCACUUGUCUGAAGUUAUUGCAACUCGUCUCUUCCCAUGUGCUGAGAAAUUAGGGAUGAUGGGUGAAGGGUUUGCUUGGAUUCUUACUUCCAGAAGCAUGAGCAGUUUUCAUGAUCAGUUCAUUGACGAUUUAACAAAGGAGGCAAUGGAAGGUGUGGUUGGUUUCAAGUCUUAUAUACCAAUGUCAAAAGAGCUUCACAACUUCACUUUGAGAUGGAGAAAAACACUCCCUGUUGAAGAAGUUACUGGGAGUGAGAUUACUCGGUUGAGUAUCUCUGGCGUAUGGGCUCAUGAUGUCGCUUGGAGUCUGGCGAGUGCAGCUGAAGUGACAAGGAUGCCAACUGUGACAUCAACUCUCCUUGAGGCCAUAAAAGAAAGCAGGUUUAAGGGUCUGAGUGGUAACUUUCAGUUGGAUGAUAUGAAGUUGUUAUCAGACAAGUUUGAGAUUGUGAAUAUGAUAGGAUCAGGUGAGAGAAGGGUAGGAUUCUGGAAUUCUAAUGGUAGUUUCAGCAAUAGAAGACAAUUAUCUUCUACUCAUGACAAUCUGGAGACCAUAAUUUGGCCCGGUGGGUCUGCUCAAAGUCCGAAAGGGAGAAGUCUAAGAGAGAGCGGUAGAAAAAAGCUUAGGGUUCUUGUUACAUCUAGCAAUAGAUUCCCAAGACUGAUGAAAGUGGAGACUGAUCCAAUAACACAUGAGAUAACAAUUGUCGAAGGGUUCUGUAUAGAAGUCUUUCAGGCAUCCAUUGCACCUUUCAACUAUGAAGUGGAGUACAUACGUUGGCUCAAUGGAACUAACUACACCAAGCUUGCAUAUGCACUUCAUAGCCAGAAAGACAAAUAUGAUGCUGCUGUGGGAGAUAUUACAAUUACUUCCGAUAGAUCGAUGUAUGUUGAUUUUACGUUGCCAUACACUGAAAUGGGUCUUGGAAUUGUAGCAGCAAAGGAGAGAAGUAUGUGGGUGUUCUUCCAACCUCUAACACCAAACCUUUGGAUAACAAGUGCAGCUUUCUUUGUCUUGACGGGUAUUAUAGUUUGGUUGAUAGAAAGAGCUGAGAACAAAGAGUUCCAAGGAUCUUGGCCUCAACAGAUUGGAGUUGUGAUUUGGUUUGGCUUCUCUACCCUUGUUUAUGCUCAUCGGGAGAAGCUACAACACAACUUAUCAAGAUUUGUAGUUACAGUUUGGGUAUUUGCGGUGCUCAUAUUGGUUACAAGUUACACUGCAACAUUGACAUCAAUGAUGACGGUGCAACAAAUACGAUUCAACGCCAAUGAAGAUUAUGUGGGUCACCUCUCGGGAUCCCUCAUCGCAAAUGCGGCCCUCACCAAUUCCAGCCUCAGAGCAAUGAGAUUAUUGGGUCUCAAUACUUCAGAAGAUUAUGCUCAAGCUUUGAUGAAUAAAAGUGUCUCAUAUAUUGUUAGUGAGUUGCCAUACCUGAAAAUCCUCCUUGGCGAGAAUCCUGGACAUUUUCUCAUGGUCAAGACACAAUCUACCACCAAUGGUUUUGGCUUCGUAUGUAUCCUUCUUCUGCAUCAUCAGUUGCUUUACUCUUGAUUUUACUUGUUGAAAAAGAAAUGUUUGGUUUGUUAUACUAUGUUCCAGAUGUUCCAGAAGGGGUCCGAGUUGGCGCCUAAUGUGUCCCGGGAGAUUGCGAAGCUGAGGACAAGCGAGAGGCUAAACGAGAUGGAGAGAAGAUGGUUUGAUAAACAGCUUCCAUACACAACCGAUGAUACAUCAAAUCCUAUAACCCUAUAUAGAUUCCGUGGUUUGUUUAUGAUCACCGGAGUUUCAUUCGCUUUCGCUCUUGCAGUACUUCUCAUUCUUUGGCUCCGAGAAAGAUGGGAAAUCCUUGUGAAUUCGGUCAAUAUAUACUUCUCACAACGACUUAGACAUUUCAGGAUCCUCUUCACAAGAACUAUCCAUCCUAGUCCCCUCGGCCUCGAUAACCCCAUUGGCGAGAAUGCGGUUCAAAUGGCUCAACGUAACAGACGAUAGGAAAUGAGUAACAUAGAGAGAAAACAAUUGUUGUGAUGUGGUACGUCUCUGACUCUGACCUUGGAGCAGCAAAGAAGAUCCUCCAGUGAUCCACUAGCUCCUGAUCCAAGCCGGCUUACGUCUGAAAGUAUAAAUGAUUGUUAUACCAAUUUUGUAAAUUAUAGUGUGAUCAUAUUCGCAACCACUUUUGUAAAUAGCAAAAAGGUAUUGGUAAUAUAUUGAGUUAAAAUUUAACACAUUUAGUUUGAGUAUUUUUUGGAGA